CUUCAUAUUUCACGUUCAUUAUCCCUUUCAUCUGCCCCUAUCUCGCUCGAGACAAGUUGCAGUGUUGCAUACAUAGUUGCAAGCAAUAGCCCAUUACAGCUGCUCAUUUUUCAGUGCCCGCUUCGUCAGGUCACUGCCCCACUGAUGCUGGAAUCAAACUGCAACCUCAGCUGGAAUCAAAUUGCAAGCUAAGCUGGAAGGACUAAUAAUGGAUUGUGUCUCAGCAGUGCUUACUGACCCAGCUGACCGCUGCUUCGCGCGGGAGGCUAAAAAAACCCGAACCCCCUCUCGUCCGCUAACUGAACCAACAGUCCACCGCACUGCAUCCGGCGCUCGGAGUUCCAGGAGCGUCAAUCACACAUUUGAUAUCUCAUCGGGCGCGUCAUGGUUGCGGACAAUGAGAAAUUCAUCAUCCGCCCAACCAAGAAUGUCGAGGAGGCAUCAGCGGUUUGGUGGCCCUUAAUGAAAGAGCUGGCAUGGAAUCGAGAUGCGGACGACGCUAUCACCCACUUCCACGCCGCCCGGGACGGAAAAGACUGGUUGCUGCUCAUCGAUCAGGAAACAAACAAGGCCGAAGGAUGCAUCGUCGCGUUCAACUACCCCAAUAACACCGGCUGGGUAGGGUUCUUCAUUCUGAAUGCGCCGAUAAGAGGCAACGGAUUUGGGGGUGCGCUCAUGAAAGAGGCGCAGGCAUCAUUCAACGCUAGCAACACCGCAGUAGUCGGACUGGAUGGCGUACGAGAACAGGUCAACACCUACGGGCGUCGGGGUUUCCAUGACUGCGCCAAAGUACAUCUUCUAACGAGGCCUUCACUGAAAGAGAAGCCCCUCCCAGCAACCCAGUCACAGAACGUCGGCAUUAAGGGUGAACUCCGGGAUAUCAAAUCCGUCAAUCCGAAAUUGCUUACAAAAUUCGACCUGGAUUUUACCGGCCUUGAGCGACCCGCCUACUAUAACGCGCUUCUCGCCCGCGAGGACGUUUUUGGGUACGCCCUCUUCUCCACCUCAAACCCCCAGGAACUGCGUGGCUGUAUCCUCGUCCGGCGCUGUGAACAUGGACACCGCUUCGGACCACUCUACGCCGAGACGUACUCAGAGGCCCUUAGGCUCCUAUAUGUCGCUAUGAACCGCCUCAGUGAGUCUAGCGGAAGCAUGGUCGCGGAGAUCUUUGGGCCGAAUCCGCAGGGCCGGAAGGUGUUCGAAGAACUUGGCUGGGCCUGGGCGGGAGUGGACUAUCAUCGGAUGUGGCUGAACGGAGUAGUGCCGAAGGAGCAGGCUGAAGGUGGAAAGGGAACGAGGAGCAUGUUUGCUAUUUUUGAUGCUUGUGCUGGCUGAGACAACGGCUACGUAGUCUCUUCACUUUUCCUCCUUCCGUCGCUUAACUCUUUUCUCUAUCAUGCAAUAGCUGACAGAAUCAAGGAUGAAUUCGACAAGAACCCGUCGCCUGGAUAGCAUCAGCAUUUAGAGAUAUUGAGGCCACGAGCAUUCUUACCAUUCGCGUUGUAUCUCAC